AUGCAGCAUAGUGCCGGAAACGAGAGGGCCCCCUCGAGGCUUCGUGCCAUGUUGCCGCCCGUCAACUUCAUCAGCAUUCACUAUGCCUACUUCAUCGUCGUCUGCCUGUUCGCCUCCCUCAUCUUCUGGGGCUCUUCCAAUCCGGCCCAUAGAAUCAGCUAUGCCGAUAGCCUCUUCUUAGUUGUCAGUGCCAUGACCGAAACGGGGUUAAACACAGUCAACCUGAGUGAGAUGACAACAUGGCAGCAGAUCUUGCUUUUUCUUCUCACCAUAUUCGGCAGUGCCAUCUGGGUCUCUAUUUGGACCGUCCUUGCCCGCAAACAUGCCUUUGAGAAGCGCUUCAAGGACGUGGUCCGCGCCGAUCGGCUUCGAAGGGCCAACAGGCCAAGUUCAGUCAGUCUUUCACGCUUGAGGUUCAUGCCGUCCCAGGGAAGACGGUCGCUGAAUGUCAUUCCACCGCCGGCCAUGACCGAAACCCCUGGUUUGGCCAGCAAAUCGUCAUCGAGUCCGGGCAAUCCUCAUGAUUUAAUCCUGGACGUCCACGCACAUCACACCCACUGCACUGGAACCACAAAGUCUUCCGACAAGAACGCGCCGCAACGUUCCCCCACGCUUGCCCAAAUUGCCUUCGCCGAAACACCACAUUCAAGCCCCGAGAACCACCCACCAACUGGCGUUUCUACAGCAGCGCAAUACGGAUAUCUUGUGAGUCGGAACAACACGGCCCGCAGGAUUGGCCCUCAAAGGCAGGAGCCUAUGGAAACCGAGGGGGAUGAGAAGGGCGAGUUUAGCGUGCGUAGUCUUUUCGCUCGCGCGGCAGGCAGAAACGCCCAGUUCCACGACCUCUCCCGAGAGGAGCGCCGUGUGCUUGGAGGUUGCGAGUACCGUGCUCUUAGGGUUUUGGCGGUUAUCGUACCGCUCUACUUUUUCCUUUGGCAGCUCAUCGGCUGCAUUGCGUUGGGCGCCUGGAUUAACCGCCACCGCCCGGAGCCACCCCUCAGAAACGGCAUCAACCCAUGGUGGCUUGGGAUCUUCAACGGCGCCUCGGCCUUCAACAAUUCGGGAAUGUCCCUUCUAGACCUCAACAUGAUACCAUUCCAGGACUCAUAUUAUGUUCUGGUCACCAUGGGAUUGCUCAUCCUGGCUGGCAAUACUGCCUUUCCUAUAUUUCUCCGGCUGAUUCUAUGGGGCCUCCUUCAGGUAUUGGCCGUAGCGACCGUGGAGACGGAGCUUCGCGAACUGAAAGAAACACUGCAGUUCAUUCUUGACUAUCCCCGCCGAGUAUACACAAACCUAUUCCCACAGAGACAGACUUGGUGGCUGGUUUUCAUGCUUAUCCUCCUCAACAGCGUCGACUGGGUCGCUUUCGAGCUCUUGAACAUCGGCAACCCCGCCGUCGAGUCGCUCUCAAAAGGCUCGCGGGUUAUGGAUGGUCUCUUCCAAGCAAUUGCUGUACGUUCUGGGGGCUUCUACGUGAUCUCUAUCCCUUCCUUGUACAUUGGCGCCCAGGUGUUGUAUACCAUCAUGAUGUACAUUUCGUGCUUUCCUGUGGUUAUAACCCUGAGGCACACAAAUGUAUAUGAAGAACGCUCGCUGGGCAUAUACUCUGGUGACCCGGUACCACCAGACGUCGAAUCCGGUUUACACGGGCCCUCUGGAGUAACAAGCCUUGCUCGUCAAUUUAGCCACAGCGGGACGUCAACCAUCGGUCGAGUCUUUCACCAUACUUUCACUUGGCAUGGGGUCGGUGCGCGCACCCCUUUGACAAACUCCGCGGCAGAUUCUCGCAUGAGCUUCAUUAGUCAACAAAUCCAGGGACAGCUGGCGCACGAUAUGUGGUGGUUGGCGGCUGCGGUCCUUGUUAUCGUUACGAUCGAGACAAGCAACUUCUUGGCCGAUCCGGUCACUUUCAGCGUGUUUAACGUGAUAUUCGAAGUGGUAUCUGCUUACGGCUGCGUUGGAAUUAGCGUCGGGCUCCCCAACGCCAACUACAGUUUCGCUGGGGGGUGGCAUACUGCUUCAAAGGUGGUUCUUUGCGCUGUCAUGUUGAGGGGACGGCAUAGAAACCUGCCGGUCGCACUUGAUCGAGCGGUCCGUCUACCCGGAGAUGAGAUGCACGACGAAGAAGAGGAGGAUCAUCGGCUUCGACGGAGCGUUACCAAUCGUGGUGUUGGGUCUGAUGAGGGCUAG